AUGCCAGAGCUGACGGCCAAGAUUCUGCAGGAGCUUGGGCCAUCUUCUCUCCGCCCUGGCAACCCGGUCACUGUGCAUUUCUUGGCGGCUGCACUGUUGAGAGUCCCUGUGGAGGCCGCAUCCUCCAAACCAACCUGGAACCUACUCCCGGUGAUGGCAGAACUUCUGCACAAAGCGGCAGAGUCUGUGGUCACGAAGCUUGAGAAAUCUGCAGCACAAUUGCAGGAUGCGCUGGAAAGACGCAGCUUGAGGGCUUGGCGUGGACCCUUGCGAAGAUGGCUGGAUCGCAUGCAAGAAGCAGGCACCGGCAGCCGAAACUCCCCACUCGCUGCAUGGGUUAGCAGCUGUGCCGAAGUUCUUGGUGAGCUGAUGGUCCAUGCAGAGGCCAAGCAUCCAAGCCACUCAGAUGAUCAGGUUCUUCUGUUGUGUGCUGCCGCGGGCGCAGUGGCAAUCUCAAUUUUCGCAGACUCCAGGAAACCUGCGAGCUGCUACUUCGAAACCUCACCUCAGGGUGACAUUGAUCGCUUAAAGAGAUGGUCCCGAAUUUUUUGGAACUUGCCUGCUGGUGUGUCGCCGGCCUUCCACGAACCAGAGGUGAGUCCAUUUCUGGAGAAGCAUUUGGCUCGCUGGACUGCUGGCAUGGCUUCACCGAAUAAGGCGAAGGAGGCACCAAAAAUUUUGGUGCCCCUCUGUGGGAAGACGAUUGACAUGCCUUACCUUUGUGAACUUGGCUAUGGAGUUGUUGGAAUCGAGGGUGUCCAAAGAGGAAUUCUGGAAUUCAAAGCGGAGCAUCAGAUCAGAGUCAAAGGCAUGAAGUCGCGAACUGUGAUGUCGAAAGACAUUGAAGGAUGGAGGGAAGGCACAGCUUUUCUCCCUGAAAAGCAGUUUCGAGGAGCAAGGAACGGCUCAGCUUUUAAGACUGGUGACCAGGGGCUAGGAUACUACACCGAAUCUCCCGCUGUGUGGAGAGGAAAGGUGAACCUUGGCAAAAGGCAUUCACCCUUGCACAUCAUAGAGGGCGACAUGUUCGAUGUCACGCCUGACCUAGUGGCAGCUUCGACAUUCGCAACAGAUGGCAGGUUUGACCUGAUCUAUGAUAAGGACGCCUUGGUUGCUUGUCAUGGAGACCCUGAGAUCCCUGCGAUUUGA